AUGGCGGAGCGGGUUGGCCCUGCCCCACCCCCAAUCUAUGUGGGAGGCAGCAGCAGUGACAGCGAGGGGGAGAUUGAGAGACCCCCAAGGGGGGAAGGGGGGCAGCCGCGCCCCAAGCGCCGGCGUGUUCUGUGCACCACUGAGAUCCCCACUGUGCCUGUCUACUCGAACAAGGUGAACAGCAGCUUCCAGCUGUGCCCUGCGGAGCUGCACCAGGAGGUGCCCACCCUGCGAUGGCAGGGAGGGGCAGAUCUGGACAUCGAUGAGAUUGGCCCUGUCACGCCCCCACGGCCAGAGCGGCCUCACGCCCCACGCCUCCCCCAGGGCCCCUGCACUGACUGGCUGGAGGAGGAGCCGCAGCAGCAGGGGGCAACGAGAUCGGUUCGGGAUGAGUCCCCCUCUCCCCCUCCCCCACCACAGCCCACACGAAGGCAGAGGGGCCGGACCCGACGGGAGGUGGCGCGCCAGCUGCGAGGUCUCAACACGUGGCUGUCGGCCGCCCAGCGCAGCCUGCGGGAGGAGCCGCCCGAGGACGACGUGAUCCUGGUGGAGCCGCCCGCGUCCCGGCAGCUGCAGCUCAAGGUGCGGUGCCGGGCUGAGAUCCACCGCGUCGCCGUGGAGACGUCACAGCCCCUGCAGGUGGUAGUGGAGCACAUGGCCGGGAGACUGCAGGUCCGGCCGGAGCAGAUCCUGCUGCUGCUGCGAGACGUAGAGCUGCCCCCCGGCAGCACCCCCCAGGGCCUGGGCCUGGGCGUGGCCGACAUCAUCGGUGAGUGAGGGGCAGGGGGCUUCUCUUGGCAGAGGUGCAGACUGGGGCCUCGCUGGCUGGGGCUGCACUGAGGGGCAGGGUCUGUGGGCUGACCAGGUCAGGCGCGGACGGGCUGCAGUCGUGGGACAGGCGAGUCUCCGGCUGCAUGUGAGACGCGGGCGGGAACUGUCCCACGCAUAGUGGGCUGGCCCAGCUGGAGGGCCGGGUGCAGCUCUGGGCACCGGGACAAAGGGAUACUCCAGAGGAGGGAUCCGAACCCCUGACCGGGGGCAGGUUAAAACCCGGGUGAGUUUAGAGCUGAGCAGCCGGAGGGGGCCUGAGAGCAGGGGUCAGCUCUAGUGAAGGCUGGUAUCAGAGCCAGGGGAAAUCCCUUCUGUGUGCCAGACCCCUUGGGGUCUCCCUUCCUCCAGGGUCGGCCACGCGGCCUGGACUGACCCUCUGGGCUGCAGCCUCCUGCUUCCCCUGUGAGCUCUGUCCAGCGAGUCCCACUGAGCCAGACCCUGGCAGAGACGUGCCCACGCUGCCAGGACGAUGCCCCUCGCCCAGCGUGGCAGGGACAGUCCCACAGCACUGGCAUGCAGUCAGGUGUGUUAGCUGGCUACGGCACAGGAAGCGCAGAGGGGUGCCCAGUCUGUUCUGCGCAGCCCAGGGCCACGCCAGGCUGUGGGGAGCCCUUGGGGCAGGCUCUGUCUGCCUUGCUCACUCGCUGUCUGACUUCCUUCCUGAGCCUGUUCCCAGGUGAGAGCCCCCACCUCGCCCUCCCAGCCCCUGGUUCUCUAGCCAGGGUCUGUGCCCAGCUUCCCGCUGAGAGUGUGGAGCCAGAAGUCACAAGCACUGCCAUCGGCUCUCUGGCCCCACUGCUGAUCUGGGGCGGUUUCAGCCAAUUCUUUAAUGACUGUUCGUUCCAGCAGCCAGGGUGGCGAUGCAUGUACCCCUGUCUUAGGCUGCCCUGAGAGCAAACCUGGUCCUCCUCGGGUACUGGGUAGCCGUGCAAAGUAUAGGGGAAACCGAGGCAGGCGUGAGACUCCUAUAGAGAAUUCCCCCUUCGUCACAGGGAUGAGAUUCCCCGGGUUCGCUGGGAGCAGGACAGGCAGCGAUGGGCUCUGUCUGCGGCCAGGGAGAUUCAGACUAACUGCAAGGGGAGCUCGGCCUGGAACAGGCUGAGGGAGGUUGCGGGGGUCCCCGCACUGGAGGUGUCUCAGCACAGGUUGGACAAACAACUGUCAUGGCUGGCCUACGUUUGCUUGGCCAGGGGCUGGGCGUGGUGACCUGUCGAGGUCCCUUCCCACCCCACGUUUCUGUGUUCUGGGGGCACCUGGUGCUGCACACGGAUUUCCAGUGGAGCUGUUCCGGCAGCAUCUCUGCUGCUGCCGCCUGAGCUGUGCUGGGGUCCCCUCACCUCCCCCGUGGCCGCCUCGCACUGGUGGCUCGUGGUCGCCCCACGCACCAGGCCCCUCUCCUCCAUGGCAGCCAGCUGACAAGCCCCUAGUGGGUAGCAGAAAUUGGGUUCCUGGCCCCAAAGUGCACACUGUGCCCCCCAGGCUGGGAGAGGGGGGUCUGAUAUCUGCGGCGGUCCCCCAAGCCGGGACGGGGGUAACAGGAGCAAUCGUGCAGCGGCCCCAGCUGCUCAACCCUCACGUUCUCUCUGUCCGUCUGUC